AUUUCCGAUGACAUCGACGGUAUAUCAAUACCGACGCUUCUAUUCAAUUACGAUCUGAAUGAUUUCGGCGUAAUUAUAAUUAUUCUUUCAUAAGAGAAAUUGACUCAUUGAGAACAACACGAAACUCAUAAAUUAUGUAAAAUAUAACAAAAAAAAAACCGAUUAGAUUCUAGAUAAUGGUUGGCAAUGCGUUAAAAGGACCAGUUAAAAAUUGAAAAUAUUGAUAUAUUUAUUUUUGUUUUUAUUUUAACCUAUUUGACAAACCCUUUGUCUUUUCUUUCGACGAGCUGCGUUUUCAAGCAAAAAGUUCAUUCGACGAUGCAUUGAGAGAAAGGACGUGAUCGCUUGUGAAGUAGAUAGAGAGAGAGAGAGAGAAAGAGAAAGAGAGAAAGACAGAGAGAGAGAGAGAGAGAAGGGAAGAUACGCAUGCGCGAAAGAAGAUGCGCGUAGGAUUGCGCGCGCGAUGCGCCCAAGUAAAAAGGAAACAAGUGAAGAACCGGUGAGUAGAGCUCCCGCCCUCUAGUCCAGUAUAAUAAUCAGCAAACACAAUGAAUCGGGUUCGCGCAGACUCGGUUGUUUUCGUCGUGUCGAUGCGUUCGCGCGUCGAGAUGAUGCUUUCGAUGUAAAAGGAAAGAAUGAAAGAAGGAUAGAAAAUUGAGUUGAGGUGAGCAAGCGCGCCUCUCUCUCUCUCUUUCUCUCUUUUUCAUUCUCUUUUUCUCUCUGUCUUUCAAGAGCUUAGCGCAAAAAUCAUUAAACGCGUGCCCAAUUCACGGUAGCGACACCGGCACGCAUAUACGUACUUAUGUAUAUACAGUGCCUAGAGUGAGAAAGAAAGUGGAGAACGAUCCGAUACGACAAGAGAGUAAGAGUGGGAGAAUAAAUAGAUGAGGGUGGGGGGGGAUAGAUUCUCGGAGUUCAGAGCCGCGCGUUUGAUCAGUUUCGAAAUAAUAUAAACCUUCGUACCGGCGAGAUUUAUCAUCAACGAUUUAUUUCGACGGAGCAUGCAUGAACACGAGAUUUACGAGAAUAAUAACGAGGAUAAUAUCGAGGACGAGGUAGAAUACGAUAUAAACGUAAAAAAAGGAAGCAAUCAAGGUAAUACGCGUCUCGUUGGCAUGGAAUGGACCCGUGAUAAAACCUUGGAACUUCUUCGAGAAUAUCAACAUAGACGCGUACUAUGGGAUUGGAAUGCUCGUGGAUAUAGAGAUAGGGCUAAACGUAAACGUGCAAUCCAAGAGCUCGCACAAAUUUUAUCUUGUAAUACGUUAGAGAUAGAGAAGAAAAUAACUAACUUGAAGUGUCAAUACUCGAGGGAAGUGCAUAAAAUUCAGAAUAGCCGGGAAGUUGCAACCAGGCCGGACGAUGUUUACGUCUCUAAGUGGUUUGGUUUUAAGGCAAUGCAAUUCCUUCAAUUUGGUACUCGCCGGUAUAGCAAGAGAAAGAAGAAAGUCGAAGAAGAAUCGAAGCUGGAGGAGGAAUAUCUCGUGAGCGACAUUGAUCCAGAAUGUAUAACAUUUAUCAACUGUAACGACGAGACGAAUACUUCGUUUAAUCCUUCCUUGAGCGAAGACGCUGAAGAAUCAUCCUCGUCGAGUUUGAAAAUGAUGGAACUUUAUAAUGAUUCGUUACCGGGACUCAAUAGUCCACUUAAUGAUCUCGAAGUAACUGAAGGAACGUUGAAUCAUGAAAGGGCGUCGUCUAACGAAAUAAAAAAAACAAAAGAAGAAUUCGUAAAAUUUGCCGAAAGUAUAGCCGUUCAACUCGCUGAAAUACCGGAUUCUUAUUCGAGAUCGGUCGCUAAGUUGAGGAUCAAUCAAAUCUUAUUCGAAGCUGAAAUCGGUGUUUAUGCGCAAACACAACGCUAAUUGCUUUGCUUUAUAUUUUAUGUUUUAUGUUUAUAAUCGUCGUCAUUGUCAAUCAACGAUUAUAAUAAUAUCGACGAUUAUAAUAAAUUGAUUUGCUCAAAUUUUACUCUUUUCUGUUAGUCGACGAAUCAGUGAAUCAGGAUCAAUGAACUCCCGAGAUCAGGGCAACGAAAGAUUCACGAAUCUGUAAUUGCGUUUGUCGUCGGUUAUAUUGUAUCUCAUUGUUCGAUGAAGUUCUUAUUAUGAAGAUUAUGAAAAUUUAUUAAUUCAUGCUAAUUAAGCUUCACUUGAUGUUAUGCAAUUUAACUCUUUGUGAUCUUUAAGUGUUCUUUCAGAAAUAAUUUUGUUGUUUUUAAUUUUACGUGCAAGCAACUUCGUUUAUUCUAAUCUAUUAAAUUGUAGUAUUUUAUUUUUUGUAAAUUAUUAUAAAUCCUCUCGGAGAUCAUAUAUCGGAGACCUUGAGGACAAUUAGUUAUUAUAUUUUUUUGAAUGAACUUUUUUUUAUCCAUUCUAAUGUCUUUCUUUGACUAACAUUGAAUUAUGAAAGAGGGAUAAUAACGACUUGUAAUUAAGAAAAUAAUUUAUUAUAGAAGAAAAUGAAAAAAAAAAGAACAAAAAAAGAAAACAAAAAAGGAAAAUAUUGUCAUUAAGUAAAAUUUGAUGUAGUUAUUGAAAUAAACAAAAGUACGUAAGUAAAGAAAUAAAAAUAUAAAUCAAAAUAAACGGAUAAGGAAGUACGAGGAGGAUUUUCUCUCUAUGCGUUUUUCUGUUCGGUUUGGUAUCGAAAAAAUGAAAAACGUGCCUUAUGUACUUUCAUCUAUUUUUUUUAUAUGUACAUACGAAGAAAAUUUGAACAUUAAGAUUGAAAACAAUUGCAUAUACAUUGGAGAUAAUUUGAGUUAUUUC